AUGAUAGUUACACCUGACGCCGGCGAUGAUGAUGACGGCGGCGAAGAAGAAAGUCAAAGAGUGGCGGUGGAAAUGAAGCAGCUUCCGACCGGCGAAGAGGACAACCCCAAAGCCGACAGCUGGGAUUUGUUUUUGGUUGCUGUGUGUCUUGUAGUUUGUUUUGGGCUUGAAGUGGUGACCAAAUUGUUAGAACAAGCUGGGCCACCAGAUCUGACUAGUGCCAACAAAGAAUGAAGUUUGCAGAUUCUGCUUUUUAUGUAUAAUGUAUAAUAAUAUAGUAAAUUUUCUUUCGAACCAACCCAUGUGUUAUUAAUCAUCAUUUAUGCUCUUAUUAUAAAAUGUAAUCGUUCUUGUAUGUUUAGACAAACAUUUGAUAAUAAAGCUUGGCUCUUUUAAU